CAGACUUUUGGCAUAAAAGCUACUCCGUUGUAUGUAGCCAACUGUGUUCCAGAAGGUUCUUUUUAGGCUGUAAAGGAAUUACAUUUUUUGGCAUUAUGGCGAAGGUUGGAAUUAAUGGAUUUGGCCGCAUUGGUCGUCUGGUAACCCGUGCUGCUAAACAGAGUGGACAGGUGAACAUUGUUGCCAUUAAUGACCCUUUCAUUGAGCCAAAGUACAUGGCCUAUAUGUUUAAGUACGAUUCUACCCAUGGAUGUUAUAAGGGGACGGUUUCAGGAGAAGAUGGUAAACUUGUGAUUGAUGGAAAGCCUAUUACUGUCUUCCAGGAGCGUGACCCUAGUAACAUCAAAUGGGGUGAUGCUGGUGUGGAGUAUGUUGUGGAGUCCACAGGGGUCUUUACUACAACAGAGAAGGCUUCUGCUCACCUCAAAGGAGGUGCAAAAAGGGUUGUCAUAACUGCUCCGUCAGCUGAUGCCCCAAUGUUUGUUGUUGGCGUGAACCAUGAAAAAUAUGACAACAGUCUGACAGUAGUCAGUAAUGCCUCCUGCACUACAAACUGCCUGGCUCCCCUAGCAAAAGUUAUCCAUGACCACUUUGGUAUUGUGGAAGGACUGAUGACAACUGUCCAUUCCUAUACAGCCACUCAAAAAACUGUGGAUGGUCCUUCUGGGAAAAUGUGGCGUGAUGGUAGAGGGGCUGCUCAGAAUAUCAUUCCAGCAUCCACUGGAGCAGCCAAGGCAGUCGGCAAAGUCAUACCAGAACUGAAUGGGAAGCUGACUGGUAUGGCGUUCCGUGUUCCCACACCCAAUGUCUCAGUUGUGGACUUGACGUGUCGCUUGGAGAAACCUGCCUCCUAUGACCAAAUUAAACAAGUGAUGAAGGAAGCUGCUGAAGGAGUUAUGAAGGGGAUUCUGGGAUAUACAGAUGAACAGGUUGUCUCAACAGACUUUAAUGGGGAUGAUCAUUCUUCAGUGUUUGAUGCUGAAGCUGGAAUUGCUCUCAAUGAGCACUUUGUCAAGCUAGUGUCAUGGUACGACAAUGAAUUUGGUUACAGUCAGCGUGUUGUCGACUUGAUGGCUUACAUGUACAGCAAGGAGUGAAGCGUCUUCUAAUUCUGAGGAAACUUAUGGACUUGUUACAUCCCAAACAGUUUGGAAUCCAUGUUAUGAAUACUUAAUAAAAUCUAAGUUCUGUGA